UGGGUUCUGUAACCAGGGACUUGAGGGAUCUUUUCAAAAGCCAGUGAGACUUAGAAAGCAGUUGCUCCUAAGUUCACCUUGACUAGUCAACCACUGCAUGAAAAUGUUCCGGCUCUUCAGCCACACAAAGUGUUGCUUCCAGGUGAAACGGGCCCUACAGAGACCACUGUGGCCAGCACAAUUUUCAGCAGUCCUGCCACAGAACAGUUUCUCCACUACUUCUGUGCAUUGCCAGACCCAGACUGUCUCCUCAUGGCCUAAGGAUGUCGGUAUCCUUGCUCUGGAAGUGUAUUUUCCUUCCCAGUAUGUAGACCAGACUGAAUUGGAAAAAUAUGAUGGUGUGGAUGCAGGGAAAUACACAGUGGGGCUAGGACAGAAGCAAAUGGGCUUCUGUUCAGCUCACGAGGACAUUAAUUCAUUAUGUCUGACUGUAGUUCAGCGUCUGGUAGAGCGAAGCCAUCUUUCUUGGGAUUCUAUUGGCCGGCUGGAGGUUGGCACAGAGACUAUCAUUGACAAAUCCAAAGCAGUCAAGACAGUUCUAAUGCAGCUAUUUGAAGAGUCAGGAAACACCGAUGUUGAGGGCAUUGACACGACCAAUGCCUGCUAUGGAGGAACAGCUUCUCUCUUCAAUGCAGCUGACUGGGUGGAAUCCAGCUCCUGGGACGGACGCUAUGCCUUGGUAGUUUGUGGUGAUAUUGCUGUCUAUGCCACUGGGAAUGCAAGACCAACAGGUGGAGCAGGAGCUGUAGCUAUGCUGGUUGGACCAAAUGCCCCUCUGGCUUUGGAAAGAGGUACCCGUGGGACCCACAUGGAACAUGUCUAUGACUUCUAUAAGCCAGACUUAGCUUCAGAGUACCCCAUGGUGGAUGGACAGCUCUCCAUACAGUGCUAUUUCCGAGCCCUGGAUCGGUGCUAUGCCACAUACCGAAAAAAAAUUGAAAGCCAGUGGCAGAAAGCUGGGAUAAGCAAGCACUGUACUCUUGAAGAUUUCCAGUUCAUGAUCUUCCACACACCAUUCUGCAAGCUGGUACAGAAGUCCCUGGCACGCAUGUUGCUGAAUGACUUCCUUGCAUCUCCCAGUGCUAACACUGAGAGUGGAAUCUACAAGGGGCUAAAGGACUUCAGAAAUGUUAAGUUGGAAGAAACCUACUCCAGCAAGGAGGUAGACAAAGCUUUUCAGAAGGCUAGCCAGGAGCUGUUCAACCAGAAAACACAUCCCUCCUUGUUCCUCUCUGCUCGCAAUGGCAAUAUGUACACACCAUCUGUAUAUGGCUGCCUCGCAUCUCUUCUGGCACAGUAAGAUGCACGUGUUCUCUCUCUCUCAA